GCUGCUGGUCGCGUGCUCUGCUGUACCAUCGAUCUGACCUGGUCUACCUGCCAUCCAAACCUAGGCAUUUUUUUUUUGAAAAUAUCCAAACCUAGGCAUGAUUAGCACGGGGAGGCUAGUGCUAACAAAAAAUGAUCGAUCGGGCUCACUGAUUGACUUUGGCACGGUCAAUCUGAUCGAACAAACCCUGGGUAGUGGAUGCUAGAAAAAGAAAGAAAAGAGAGGCAAGACAAUUCUGUCGUCUGAACCACGCAAGCAAUGGAGAUUUGUACACGAGCAUACCGAGCAAAACCACACAACGGCUAAACUGCUUGCGGCCCAUAGAUGUGUUUGCCGUUUGCAUCGGCGCCUCGCUCUGCUAGCCGUCUCCUCUCUCCUCUCACAGCCGUCGGCCGUCGAUCGCUAUAUUGGUCGUAGCCAGUCGUAGCAUGGUUUAACGUUAGGCACUUGCACCACGUCGCAGCCACCAUGUCCGGUCCAUCUCCUCCGGUGACUCCGGCGCCGGUUACGCCGGUCUCCCCGCCUGCUCCGGACGCUGGAGGGACGCCGCCAGUGACUCCGGCGCCGGUUACGCCGGUCUCUCCACCUGCUCCGGACGCUGGCGGGACGCCGCCGGCGACUCCAGCUCCGACGCCACCCGUUGUUACGCCGGUCUCUCCACCUCCUCCGGACGCCGCCGGGACGCCACCACCCCCGGACGCCUCUGGGACGCCUCCGGUCACCCCACCUCCCCCGGACGCCGCCGGGACGCCACCGCCACCGGUAAAUCCACCUCCCCCGGACGGCGCCAGCACGCCUCCUCCAGUGAACCCACCGGUGAAUCCUCCGGUCAACCCCCCCGUGAAUCCUCCUCCACCAAGGCCAACGCCGACGCCGAACCCAACGCCAGUAACACCAUCGCCACCUCCACCAAGGCCAACACCGACGCCAAACCCAACGCCGGUAACUCCAUCCCCACCUCCACCAAGGCCAACUCCGACACCAACACCAACUCCAACUCCUAGCCGGCCGCCGCCAUCAUCCCCACCUCCCCCGACGGGCGUGCCACGUUCAUCCCCACCGCCGCCUGACGCCACGCCGCCACCUCCUGAAGACGUCCCAUCUUCGCCGCCGCCCCCGAACGACGCCCCAGCUGCAGCAGCGCCUCCUCCGUCACCUCUAACGUUGUCUCCGCCGCCGCCGCCGCAGUCAGCGUCCGCGCCGUCGACCUCAGCCAGGUCGUCGUCGAGCAGCGGGACCGCGGUGGGCGUGGGCGUGGCCGUCGGGGCGGUGGUCUUGCUCGGGCUCGCGGCCGCCCUGAUAUUCUGCUUCGUGUCUAGGCGGCGCCGUCGCCGAAGGCCGGAGACCCGAGCGGAUUUCUUCUACGACCCGAGGCAGCCGACGACGCCGCUGCAGCAGUCGCACCCGCUGUCGACGCCGUCGUCGACGCCGCCGCUGAUGCACUCGUGGGCGCAGAGCAGCGGCGGCGACCCGGGCGGGCCGCCGCUCCCGGCCAUGACGGGCGGCACGUUCGGCUACGACGAGCUGGCGGCGGCGACGGAUGGGUUCGCAGAGGAGAACCUGCUGGGGCAGGGCGGGUUCGGGCACGUGUACAAGGGCACGGUGAAGGGGCAGGAGGUGGCCAUCAAGAAGCUGCGCGCCGGCAGCGGGCAGGGCCACCGCGAGUUCCGCGCCGAGGUGGACAUCAUCAGCCGCGUGCACCACAAGAACCUCGUCUCCCUCGUCGGCUUCUGCAUCCACGCCGAGCAGCGCCUCCUCGUCUACGAGUACGUCCCCAACAAGACCCUCGAGUCCCAACUGCACCACGGGAGCGCCCGCGCGACGCUGGAUUGGCCUCGCCGGUGGAAGAUCGCCGUCGGCUCGGCGAAGGGCCUCGCGUAUCUGCACGAAGACUGUCAUCCUAAGAUCAUCCACCGUGACAUCAAGGCGGCCAACAUCCUCCUCGACUACAACUAUGAGCCCAAGGUCGCAGAUUUUGGGCUGGCAAAAUGCCAAGAAGCAGAACAUACUGCUGUUUCUACGCGCGUAAUGGGAACUUUUGGAUACCUGGCUCCGGAAUAUUACGCCACCGGCAAAGUAACCGACCGGUCCGACGUCUACUCCUUCGGCGUGAUGCUUCUGGAGCUCAUCACCGGACGGAAGCCUAUCAUGGCAUCCUCAGAUCACCAGCCAGAAACAUUGGCUACUUGGGCAAAGCCCCUGCUGACCAAGGCCUUGGAGGAGGAAAACUACGAGGAGCUGAUCGACCCGGAGCUGGGGACCAACUAUGACGCCUACGACAUGGCGCGACUCGUCGCCUGCGCCGCCGCCGCCGUGCGCCAGACGGCGCGCUCUCGCCCGCGGAUGGCACAGAUCGUUCGGUACCUGGAGGGCGAGCUGUCGGCGGAGGACCUGAACGGCGGCAUGGCGCCGGGCCAGAGCGCGAUGCAUCGCUCAGGGGGCGGCAACACGGACGAAGUCAGGCGGCUCAGGAGGAUGGCGUUCGGGCCGGGCACCGGGACGGCCGGCGGCACCAUCAGCGAGUACGCCAGCAGCGAGAUGAGCGCGCCGACCAGCGAGUACGGGCUGAACCCGUCCAGCGAGUACACGGCCAGCAGCGCGGCGGACACGGAGGACAUGACGGACUUCCCGCACAGAGCCGGCACCGGCAGGGGCGCCGCCGAGGGGGCCAGCGGCGAGGCGGGACGCGGAACCACGGAGGGGUUCAGCAGGCGCACCACUGGCAGACGUACCAGCCGGGGGUGACGAGACGUACUGAAUACUCCUUACGAGCGGGUGAUCAAGGAAUCGUCGCUCGUGUACAUAUGUGAUGCUGUCGCUGUGGGGUUUGGUUUGCGUUUCUUUGUUUCAGAUUUCGGGUUCAUGCGAUUUUUGGUGGGUGGUGGAAGAAGUUGUAACUUGUAUGUGCGUCCAUUAAUUCACCACAAAGAUGAAUAAAACAGAAAGAGAUGAUGGAGAAUUCCUGGAA